CCUACUCUCCGAGAUCAUUGCAUAGGAUCGUCGCCACAAGUAACCCCCAUGUACAUUGAAGAGCUAUUAGUGUCGUUUCUUUUUGAAACAUUCAGCGCUCACUCUCUCGCUAUAGCCAUUCGAGGCUAAUCCACCAGCAUCUGUCUCGUCGCCUUUCUUCGCAUAACCUGCUCAGUACUUCAAAAUGGGUAUUCCCGCCGCAUUCCGAUGGCUUUCGACCAAAUACCCCAAAAUAAUAUCACCCGUCGUUGAGGACCUGCCUGUUGAUAUGGGAGAUGGCAAUGUCAUCCCCGUUGACGCUACCCGGCCGAACCCCAAUGGCGAGGAGUUCGACAACCUGUACCUGGAUAUGAACGGCAUCGUCCAUCCCUGUUCACAUCCAGAAGAUAGGCCGCCUCCCAAGGACGAGGAGGAGAUGAUGGUUGAGAUCUUCAAGUACACUGAUCGCGUGGUCAACAUGGUUCGCCCGCGCAAGCUGCUUAUGAUUGCUGUCGACGGUGUUGCUCCCCGUGCCAAAAUGAACCAACAGCGAUCCAGACGAUUCCGUGCUGCCCAGGAGGCCAAGGAAAAGGAGGAUGACAAGCAAGAACUUCUCAAGAUGCUCCAGAAGGACAAGAACAGUACCAUGCAACCGGAAUCUGUUGAAACUGUCGUCCAGAAGGCUUUCGAUUCCAAUUCCAUCACACCAGGGACGCCCUUCAUGGACAUUCUUGCGGCUAGUCUGCGCUACUGGUGCUCGUACAAGCUCAAUACUGAUCCUGCGUGGGCCAAGAUGAAAGUCAUCAUCUCUGAUGCCACAGUCCCCGGUGAGGGUGAGCAUAAGAUUAUGGAGUUUGUCCGGUCCCAGCGUAAUUCGCCCGAGCACGACCCCAACACCCGCCAUGUUAUUUACGGCCUGGAUGCCGAUCUGAUCAUGCUUGGCCUGGCCACUCACGAACCUCACUUCCGUGUCCUCCGUGAAGAUGUCUUUGCCCAGGACAACAAGCCCAGACUGUGCAGAAUCUGCAACCAAAAGGGCCACGAGGCGAGAAAUUGCACAGGUGAGGCCAAAAAAAUGGACGGCGAGUUCGAUGAAAAGGAUAAGCCCCCACCGUUGAAGCCGUUUAUUUGGCUCCAUGUGUCGAUUCUUCGUGAGUACCUUGCCAUUGAGCUUAAUGUUCCUGGGCUGCCGUUCGCGUUUAACCUCGAACGAGCCCUCGACGACUGGGUCUUCAUGUGCUUCUUCGUGGGAAAUGACUUUUUGCCUCAUCUGCCUGCCCUGGAAAUCAGAGAAAACGGCAUCGACACUCUGACCACCAUUUGGAAAGAUAACCUCCCCCACAUGGGCGGGUACGUGACUAAGGACGGCCACGUCGACUUGGAGCGGGCUCAGUACAUUAUGGCCGGCCUUGCCAAGCAGGAGGACGCCAUCUUCAGGAGAAGAAAGGAAACCGAGGACCGGCGCGAGGCCGGCUUCAAGAGACGCCGUCUCCAGCAGCAAGGUAAUGGUAGAGGCGACCAAGACUCGCCUCGUUUCGGAAACAAUAGGGCCCCGAAAAAGACCCAGGAGUACACUCAACCCCCCCCCGGACUAGAGCUGCACCCCAUCACAAACUUCCCGAGCAAGAGGGGUGCCAGAGCCGCCCAGGCAGCGGUCACUCAUGACAUGGUGGUGAACCGGCGUGCCGUUGAACAGGCCAACACAGCCAAUAAGAGUGCCGCAAGUGUGCUCAAGGGCCAGAUCCAAGGUCUGAUGUCGCAAGCCUCGCAAGUCCCAGCUACGCCUAAUGGCAAGGCAGAAACCAGCACCGAGGCAAAGUCAUCGCCUCCAUCGGCUUUGGGGAAACGCAAGGCGGACCUCAUCGAAGAGGACAGUGCUACCACUCCAGGAGCGAACGCGUCAGUGGCCGAGACUCCCGCGGCCACCGAAGAGGAUGGCCCGGUCGACACAGUCAGAUUGUGGGAAGAGGGAUAUGCCGAUAGGUAUUACGAACAGAAGUUCCACGUGGACUCCAAGGACAUUGAAUUCCGGCACAAGGUUGCGCGGGCCUAUGUCGAGGGGCUUGCGUGGGUUCUGAUGUACUAUUUCCAGGGCUGCCCGUCAUGGGAGUGGUACUACCCCUACCACUACGCUCCGUUUGCGGCCGACUUUGUCGACCUCGGGAAGAUGAAGAUUUCGUUUGAGCACGGGCGGAUAUCGAGGCCCUUUGAGCAGCUCAUGAGUGUCCUUCCGGCGGCCUCUCGGGCAUCCAUCCCCGAGGUCUUCCAUGACCUGAUGACUAAUAAAGACAGCGAGAUUCUCGAUUUCUACCCCGAGGACUUCGAUAUCGACCUGAAUGGGAAGAGGAUGGCUUGGCAGGGCGUUGCUCUUCUACCGUUCAUCGACAUGCCCCGCCUUCUGGCGGCCAUGGAAACCAAAAGCCAUCUUCUGAGCGCCGAGGACCGAGUUCGUAACGGCCUGGGCAAGGAUGUGCUCUUGUUGUCAGACUCCCAUCCUGCUUUGUAUGACGAGAUCACGUCUCGGUUCUACUCAAAGAAGCAGGGCCCUCCAAAGUGGAAGCUGGAUCCACUCAAGAGCGAUGGCCUUAACGGCCAGGUGGAGAAGAUUGAAGGCUACCACCCGCACGGCUCGUUGACUUACCCGCUGACGAGGGCAGCCAUGCCCGAUGUUGAAUAUGACCGGUCAUUGAGCGUUCACUUCGAGUUCCCGAGUAGCUCCCACACGCACAAGUCCAUGCUGCUUCGUGGGGUGAAACCCCCUCCUCCUGCUCUUGAUAGGCACGAUAUUGAGGAUCUGAAGGGUAAAUCGCAGAGAGGCGGGAGAAGUUACGGAGGUGUUCCUCUCCGCGGCGGCGGCGGACGUGGAAGAAUCAAUUACGGGCCGGAUGGUGGGCAAUCGUAUAACAAUGGUCAAUCUAACCGCGGAGGCUACCAGCAGCCCCAGCAAGGGUACGGGAAUGGGAAUGGGAACGGAAAUGGAUAUGGUAACGGCAACCGGGGCAACGGAUACAACAGCCGAGACUCGUAUGCGCCACCGCAAAAUUCUUGGCAACCACCGCCGCCAGGUGUUGCGGGAUUCGGCCAGGGGUUGCCACCACCUCCGCCGGUGGCAUAUCCUCCUGCACCUGGUCAUGGCAGAUACAACCAGGGCGGUCAGGGAUACGGGAACAAUCAAUAUGUGCCGGCACCGGCAUACGGAGCUCCCCCAGCAUACGGGGCUGCUCCAGGGUACCAGGGGCACCAAGGCCAACAGCAACAACCGUACGGCCAGCCUCCCCCUCCUGACCAGUAUGGCCGACCGCCGUAUGAAAACAACCGAGGUGGGAACAACCGAGGCGGAGGCGGGAACUAUCGCGGCUCGCGGGGGAGUUAUCACUGAUGAAACGAGGCAGUGAGGAUUGUGCUACGGAGUAUUUCUCUGUUUUAUGCACCGGGUUAUACCCUGG